AUGCCUGUCCGCCGCCGCCGUAGCUUUCGUCCACUUGAGCUCUCCAUCUACCUUCCAGACGGCUGUGGCCAUCUAUCUCCAUUACCUGACUUUGACGGUGAAGAUGGUUGGGCUAGUCUGUCAUCGCAGCUAGAGCGUCCCGCUGAGGCACACGUUCGCGAAAGAGACUCACGGACAAGCUCUCUAUCUUCAAAUCCUUCAUUCAUCAUUCAACGUAAACCCGUCGGCGGUCAAUCUCGACGGAGCAGUGUUCAGAGCCAGAAGAGUACUACCACACACGAGAGGAGGCUCUCGGGAACCACUAUGGGCACCAUGGCUACACCUACACUGGGAUAUCUGCCAGAGCAUUCGCAGAUGCUCGAGAAGCCCACCAUUCAGCGGUCGCGCACAUCUGGCACCUUAUCGCCUGCUCGUGUGCUAUCGCGUCUUCCGUCACCGUCGCGCAAUCGUGCCAACACUGCACCAUCUUCUCGACCCGGCAGUCUCCGCCGUACCAGAACUGACGUAGAUGAUGCCAUUCGCGAACUGAACACCAUCAUCGAGGAACGCCGUGCCAGCGCAUAUCGCUCGCACGCUCAAUCGCCCGCACUGAUCAAUCGUCCUCCACCCUCUCCAUCUCACCACGUACCAUACAUUGCACCAUCGAUGCGUAUGCAUGUCCGCUCUGAGACGCUUUCAGACAUCGGCUCUGCGUUCUCUGCCCCUCUAGGCUUCAAGCCACUUCCUACCACCCCGGAAGCAGGUACCCUGACUCGCAGGGCAACAAUGGGACUCACACUCGCCCCCCCAUCCUUCUCUCACACCGGUCCCUUGAACUCGAACCCCAUCACACCGCCACCACCAGCCACACCUACCACACCAAUAGCCCGUCUUGGAGCCUGGCUCAAGCGCUCCACCUCCACUCUAGCCUCUAGCUCACGUCCCACGACCCCUAAAACCGCCGAUUCUUUCUACAAAUGCGAACCGCACCCCGCCCUCCCCACAUCAUCUUCGCGUCCCUCAACAGCAGGAUCACGCACCUUGCAUACGCGUCAGGAAUCGCAAGAAAGCAACGGCACAGCCACCGUGACCCUCUUCUCUUCAUCUUACCCUUCUUCUACCCGUUCACCCUCACCAACCCACUCCCUUUCCACUGUCGCUACAUCCUCGCCACCAAGGAAACUACGACGUGUCCCUGCUCCUCUGACGCUCGUCAAGGAUAAGGAGAUUGCUGCCGAAGCUGGUUUGUUGAGUGCGCGUAGCACGACGAGGAGUUUCAUGAACGAGAAGCCUCCCAUGAGCCCUAACUUUGAUUUGCUCAAGGGUAUGGAAAUUAGUGCUAAGGAUGUUGGGAUCAAUGGGAGGCGGAGUUUGAUGGCGCUUAGUCCGGGGGCGGUUGGUGUUGCUUUUUAA